AUGCACGCACGCACAUUUUUUUACUGCUAUGCAUGGCAUUUUAGGUUUUCGCAUUACAUUCAAUCGUCCGUUCUUCCAACUGCCAAAAUGAUUCGGGCUCCUCGCCACGUUUACUCCGCCCUCAUAAGGAACACCACCACGAUUUCUGUGACGGUGCUUGUCACCUAUUCCAUGCCGAACGAAAUGCCCCAGGAAACUGUGCAAUUGCUCAUUCCACCAGGCGAAGAAGCAAGAGCGGAGCGGAAAUUGGUGGAGGAAGAUACAGUAACCUGGACAGGCUUUAUUAGCAAGGUUGCCGUUGAGGGUGGGCAGUCUAUGAGUGCUCCUUUCCUGGGAGUGUUCUCUCCCGUGAAUGACUACCGGAUUGACAUUCGGUCAUUGUUUGGCAAGCUGUUGCUGGUACCAAGGGGUCACCCCGACUCAGGGUGUUGUUUGAUGUAA